GUGAAAAUAACCGAUGUGAAUGCAAUGGAAAAUUGGGCGGAAUCAUCAAAAAAAGGUUUGACGUCAUAUAGAGCAACAACUCCAGAAUGGCUGGAUGAAGUACAUACUCAAUGUGCAUGUGGAAGAAAUAAACGGGAAGUAACAAAUAUUGAGUACAUUGUUGGCAAUGAGGAUUGUACAAAUGUCUCGCCAGAUGAAUUUUGUAAUGGUCCACUUCAACCUGGGACAAGUUAUAAGUUUGUAGCAUUUAGCUGUACAAAUGGGGGAUGUCUUUUAAGUCGACAGUAUGGACCUUUUACAACAGCUAAAGCAGAAACGCUUUCCUCUGAUUCCUGUUCUGACAGCACACACGCUGUCAUCGUUGGAGUUGUACUCGGUCUGGUUAUUGUCGUUCUUCUAGUAUAUGCUGGUUAUAUGACUUAUCUAGUCAGGAGGUACAGGACUAAAGAUGAACAAGAAAUAAAACUUGACAAUGGAAGAGAUCGUAAGAGUCAAACAUAUGUAAAUGAAACAUUUAUGACCGGUUCAGCAUCAAAUACAUCGGGAAACUUUAACGUUGAUUCAGGAGUUGAGAACGUAUAUUCCAGACUCGAUGACAAUGCAAGAGAAGACAAAACAACAUAUGAAAGUCUUAAACCAUGAUCAUAACACUAUUUGUUCUUAGCGCAAGAAAAAAUUCUCAGCUUUUCUUCAUAUACUAUAAACAACUGUAUAUUAUACCAAUUUGGAUUGGGUAGCUGGUGAAUAUGACGUGAUAUGUACUGAAAAAAAUAUUUACCUAGUAGGCGAUAGCUUGUUUACUUUUUCUAUAAAUUUGUCUUUUAAAUGAGCGCAUUAGCACGCGUAUUCGUAUAGUUCUUAAAAAUGUAAAGACGGUAACUAGAAUUAGACUAAUUUGACUCAAAGAUUAUCUAAGAGUCAUUUAACUUAAAAGUGUUGUUGUGGUUUGUUUUUUUUCCCCAGAAUAAUAACAACAUUCUUGGCGCGACGUCACGCCAUAGUCUCGCGUCUCUCAGGGGAUUUCCAAAAAAUAUAUUUUGAGAAGAAAAACCGAAAAUCUAUUUUUAGAAAAAAAUCGAUAUUGACCUGUUUUUUUACAAAAAGAUGUUUGUAAGCCAAUCAGGGAAAGGCAUUUUAAAGCUAUUUAUAGAU